UGGUUCGAGCCAGCAUCGGGGGAAAAUUUUUUGCUCUUUUUUUCUUGGUUCGGCAACCUACUCUUUCAAAGAUCGAUAAGGCUUACCACCUACAGGUAGUGCACCUUGUGGGGCUUACUAUUUUUCUAAGGGUAAAAAUCGUCCUCUACACGAUGGUAAAAACCGUAGAUCGCUAGGACUUUUCCAUAAAACGUUAUUCGAAAAACGCCACUCUGCACUGUAUUUGUGGAUCGAUAGUAGAAUGAAUUUUAUCUGAGCAAGACCAUUGAAGCGCGAAAGUUUUUUACCUAAGGCAAACUAAAUAUGGAACAAUACUAUGAACAACAUUCUAAACAUAUCUGCCUCAAAAUGGUUAAACUUUAACUGGAUCUAAAAAUGUAUCUUAACUAUCCUCGCACUUUUAGAAUUAUUUUAUGGUCGUGAUGAAAGCUUUAAUGAAGAGCAAAAAUACGAUAUAUUAUUAGCAAUGGAAAAUUUCCGUCCUGAAGUAGAAAAUGAACUUCGGAAAGAAGCUGAUAAUACUCUUCGUAAAGAAUUGAUUUAUUUGAAGUUGUCAAUUGAUAAUGCAGUUGAUAAACAGAAGAAAUCGAAGAAGAAACGGAAAAAACGAAAUAAAAGAAAAAACGUUAAAGAUAUUGUGGCUAAUCGAACAAAUGAUUCUAUAUUUGAAGAAUUAGUGGAAACAGGCAUUGUAAUACCUCCUAAACCUGUACGAUUAUCCAAUUACAUCGGUGAUUAUCAAUAUCUGGCCGAGACAAUCCGUUAUGCUGAAAAAGAACCAAUGCCAUCGUUACUUGAUUGUCGACAACUUGUUGUGCUGCAAAUUAUAUUGCCAUUAGGUUCAAAAAAUGUUCACUUGAAUUUAUCAUCGAAACGAUCGGUAUUGUUGGUCGGUCCCAAAGGUAGUGGUAAAGAAUUUUUAAUUCAUAUUGCUUGCAAUGAAGUUGGUGGUUUAUUAGUUGAUUUAUCGCCAGCAAAUUUAAAAAAUUCGUAUAGUACGACUGAUGGACUGAAAGUCUUAUUAGCAAUGGUCAAAAGGUUGAGUCCUGUUCGAUUAAAACGUAAAAUUAGAGCAUUUAUGAAAAAGUUUAAAUCUGGUGAACGUGUAAUGCUGGUGGGAACAUCCUCACAACCCUAUCGUGCUCGAUUAAAACAAUUAUUACAAGUUUAUGAAAGAAUUAUACUAUUUCCACGACCAAACUAUGGUUCAAGAAGAAAAAUUUGGUUUGAAACAUUAAUUGAAAAAUAUAGUAUGAAAAUAAUUGAUGUUGAAUUAAGUAUAUUAGCAUCGGUAUCAAACGGUUAUACAGCCGGACAAAUUCUUGAGACAAUCAAAAACGUUGUUAAUAAUAAAAAACUAAAUAAAUAUAAUAAUAAUGUCUGUAAAGCCGAAGAUUUUAUUCCGAUACUUAGUACAAAAACACCAGUAUUCAUUGAUGAAGAAAAUAAAUUGAAAAUGUGGUAUAAAUCAACACCGUUGGGCCGACUAAGACAAAAUAACAUAGCACAAGUAUCCGUAUUAGACAAACAAAAUACGUCAAAAAACAAAUAA